UCCCACUCUCCCAACCCAAACAGUGCGGUGGACGAAGUCCCUCCUCCUCCUAAAUCCGUGUCAUUUGGUGCCUUUCUUGACUCCUUCCUUCCCUCUCUCUCUCUCUCUCUCUCUACUUAUACAUUCACAAACAUAAUUUCCCCCCACCUUCGAAAACGAGUCAUUGUUGACUCGGCGACUCAGUUGACCAUUCCUUCCUUCCUCACAGCAGCCAGCCAUAGCCGUCGACUCGACCCCAUAGGCCCUUCCCUUCCCUUCCCUUCUUCAAAACCCCCUCUCCCCAAUUCCUCCAUUUCCCCCAUUCCUAUCCUGAAUUCCAACUUCUCAAUUUCCUCCCAACAGCAACAGCAGCCGCAGCCAUGAACGAUCUCUUCUCCGGCUCCUUCUCCCGCUUCCGCAGCGAAGACGGCGGUGCUUCCCCCGACCACCACGUCGUCCAGAUGUCCGAGAUCCCCUCCACCGCCGGGGUCAACCUCGACAAAUUCUUUGAAGACGUCGAGUCCAUCAAGGACGAGCUCAAGGAGCUCGAGAAGCUCAACUCCAGCCUCCAGUCCUCCCACGAGCACAGCAAGACCCUACACAACGCCACCGCCGUCAAGGACCUCCGCGCUCGGAUGGACGCCGACGUCGCCACCGCGCUCAAGAAGGCCAAGCUCAUCAAGGUCCGAUUGGAGGCCCUCGACAGAUCCAACGCCGCCAACCGUAGCGUUCCCGGCUGCGGGCCCGGCUCCUCCUCCGAUCGGACCCGGACUUCUGUGGUCAACGGCCUGCGCAAGAAGCUCAAGGACUCCAUGGAGAGUUUCAGCUCUCUCAGGUCCAAGAUUUCCUCCGAGUAUCGGGAGACCGUGGAGAGGAGGUACUUCACUGUUACUGGAGAGAACCCUGACGAGAAGACGCUCGAUCGUUUGAUCUCUACAGGCGAGAGCGAGACUUUUCUCCAGAAGGCGAUCCAAGAGCAAGGCAGGGGAAGGAUCCUGGACACGAUCAAUGAGAUUCAGGAGAGGCACGACGCCGUCAAAGACAUGGAGAAGAAUCUCAAGGAGCUCCACCAAGUGUUCUUAGACAUGGCGGUGCUGGUCCAAGCACAAGGAGAACAGCUGGACGACAUCGAGAGCAAUAUGCAGAGAGCCAGCUCCUUCGUCCGUGGUGGGACUCAGCAGCUGCAGACUGCGCGAGUCCUGCAGAAGAACACCAGGAAAUGGACUUGCUACGCCAUCACCAUCUUGCUGGUGAUCAUCCUCCUCGUAGUGCUGUUCGUCGUCAGGCCAUGGGAAAGCAAUGGUGGAGGCGGAGGCGGCGGUGGUGGAAACCAACCUGCUCCUGCUCUUACCCCACCUGCUCAGAUCACGCCCCCGCCGCCCGGAGCGUAGGCUUGAUGGGGACUUCCUUCUCGGUUACAUGUAUCAUCACUUCAUUUACAGUAUUCAUACGUGAGUAAUGCCUUUUGUGCUUCUGUCUAGUUUUUGAAGAUCCAAGAUUUCGUUUAUGUGGAUCGAUUAAUUUAUUUUUUUCUAGACCUUUGGGGAGCUGAGAUAUGAGAGAGGGGUAAGAGCAGCAGGCAUUUUGAGAUGCCAUUGAUAAUUGAAAUCUUAGUGGAUAUACAACUCCCCCAAAUCAAUCCAUCUCGGAUCCAUAAUGGUUUCUUCUUCUGCUUCUUCUUCUUCUUCCUGUAAAUAGUAGCUUAUGAAUAUGAUUGUGUAGCUGGUUCUGUUGUUCUUCUGGUGUGGGAUUUAUUGAUUGGAAUGUUAGGUAUUUUAUCGUGCUUCCC